ACGCUCCCUUUUGCUCUGCUCCUUUUUUUUAUAUUCGCCCCUCACCUUUCCCUGCCUCCCCUACUGUAACUCUCCUUACCUUUCCCCUCCCUCACUCCUCCCCUCUCUCCUCCUCUCACCUCCCUCCACCCAAUCUUCCUGCUUUCUCUAUGGAUUUAGUGGAGUCCGGUCUGGGACACUGGGAGGAGCACAGCCCUGGAAGCUUCUAGCCCCCAACCUGAAUUCCCCCCGAGCCCUGGCCAGGGGGUCUGCACUGCACUCUAACAGGGGUCUCAUCUCUAGCCCUAAACUUCUACCCCCCUCUCCCAGACAUAGAAAGAGAAAGCUGCCUAAGCCUGGGCUGGACACCUGCACUGUAGGACACGACUACUGAAUGAAUGAGACUGGGGAGAUCACGGGCUCCUGGGAAUGACAGCGACACCCUGGGAAAGGAGAGUGAGCGUGUGCGAGAGGGAGACACCCCUAUUCCUGCUGCCAGGGUGUAGCACUGACCAACUGCACUGCUGUCGGUGUGUAACUGUGUCACAGUAAUUGCUUAUUGUGUGUCACUCGCUCUACACUUGGGGUGCAGGUUAAAUAGGCAGCUGACCCCUCAUUUGGACACUGUGCUACAGGUGUGAUUGUGGUCCUUUUGUGUGGUGAUUGCGGUAUAAUUGUGUGGCACCUGACAUCAGAGCAGCCGACAUGGCGGAACAAGAGGGGCUUCAGUACGGGAAGGCGGAUUUCGUUCUUAUGGACUCAGUCACCUUACCGGAAUUCAUGGAAAACCUAAAGCUCAGGUUCGAAAAGGGCCGAAUAUACACGUUUAUCGGGGAGGUGGUGGUGUCAGUCAAUCCAUACAAGAACCUGCCAAUCUAUGGGAGAGAUACCAUUGAGCAGUAUAAAGGGAGGGAGCUGUAUGAGAGACCUCCCCAUCUUUUUGCCAUUGCAGACGCUGCCUACAAAGCUAUGAAGAGACGGUGCAAGGACACGUGUAUAGUAAUAUCAGGGGAGAGCGGAGCUGGCAAGACAGAAGCCAGUAAGUACAUCAUGCAGUAUAUUGCUGCAAUCACCAACCCCAGCCAGAGAGCAGAAGUGGAGAGGGUGAAAAACAUGCUGCUGAAAUCGAACUGCGUCCUGGAGGCUUUUGGAAAUGCCAAGACGAAUCGUAACGACAACUCCAGCCGCUUCGGGAAAUAUAUGGAUAUAAACUUUGACUUCAAGGGAGACCCCAUCGGGGGGCACAUCAGUAACUACUUACUAGAGAAGUCCCGUGUUAUUGUGCAGCAACUGGGCGAGAGGAACUUCCACUCCUUUUAUCAGAUGAUUCUAGGUGCCCCCGAGCAGACCCUUCGCUCCCUCCACCUACAGAGGGAUAUCUCUUCUUACGCCUACACCUGCUCUCUCGCUCAGCUCAAGUCUUCAAAUAAUGACGCGGGAGAAUUUAAAGAGGUUGCUGAGGCGAUGAAAGUGAUUGGAUUCAAACCAGACGAGAUUCAGACAGUGUACAAAAUUCUGGCUGCCAUUCUGCACCUGGGGAAUCUCAAGUUUGUUGUGGAUGAGGACACCCCACUAAUAGAGAAUGGUAAAGUCGUUUCAAUAGUGGCAGACCUUCUGGGCACCCGGUCUGAACAAGUAGAGAAAGCCCUUCUCUUCCGAACGGUGGCCACGGGCAGGGAUGUCAUAGACAAGCAGCAUACUGAGAAAGAAGCCAAUUAUGGCAGAGAUGCAUUUGCCAAGGCCAUCUAUGAACGUCUGUUUUGCUGGAUUGUGAAUCGGAUAAAUGACGUUAUUGAUGUGAAACAGCAAGAUGCCUCUCUGCACGGAAAGAAUACGGUGAUUGGAGUGCUGGAUAUAUAUGGCUUUGAAAUUUUCGAUAAUAACAGCUUUGAGCAAUUUUGCAUAAAUUAUUGCAAUGAGAAGCUACAGCAGCUGUUCAUCCAACUUGUACUUACCCAGGAACAGGCGGAAUAUCAGAGAGAGGGGAUUCCCUGGAAACAUAUUGACUAUUUUGACAACCAGAUCAUUGUGGACCUGGUGGAACAGCAGCACCGAGGGAUCAUUGCGUUGCUGGACGACGCCUGUAUGAAUGUCGGGAAGGUGACGGACGACAUGUUCCUCGAAGCGCUGAACAAACAACUCGGGAAACAUGCGCAUUACUCAAGCAGGAAGGUCUGUGCCACAGAUAAAGCGCUGGAAUAUAACCGAGAUUUCCGAAUCCGUCAUUACGCUGGAGACGUGGUUUACUCGGUGGUGGGAUUUAUUGAUAAGAACAAGGACACACUCUUCCAGGAUUUCAAGAGACUGAUGUUUAACAGCUCCAACUCAGUUCUGAAGGCCAUGUGGCCAGAAGGGAAGCUCAGCAUCACUGAGGUCACCAAGCGACCGCUUACGGCAGCCACGCUUUUCAAAAACUCCAUGAUUGCUCUGGUAGACAACCUGGCAUCCAAGGAACCGUACUACGUUCGCUGUAUUAAACCAAACGAGAAGAAGUCUCCUGCUCUAUUCGAUGAGGUGAGGUGUAGGCACCAAGUGGAAUACCUGGGUUUACUGGAGAAUGUCAGGGUCCGAAGAGCCGGAUUUGCAUAUCGCCAAUCGUACGAGAAAUUCCUCCACAGGUACAAGUUAAUAUCGUCUCUGACCUGGCCAAACCACAGCCUGCCUUCAGACCGUAUCGCUGCGGAAAGGUUCAUGGUAGACUGCGGCCUAAAUCACGAUGCGGCUUAUGGCAAAACCAAGAUCUUCAUCCGCACGCCACGCACUUUGUUUUCCCUGGAGGAAAGACGCAGUGAGAUGCUGAUCAGAAUAAUCCUCUUUCUGCAAAAGGUAUGGAGGGGGACUCUUGCACGCCGGCGGUGUAAGAGGAUUCGGGCUGGCCGCACAAUCCUUCGGUACUACAGGCGCUACAAGGUGAAGUCUUACCUGCGUGAGGUCAUGCACAGGUUCAACGGAGUAAAGAACAGUCGAGACUAUGGGAAACAUGUGAAAUGGCCUACUCCACCCAGGGUUCUGCGGCGCUUCCAUGAGGCUCUGCAGAACAUCUACAACAGGUGGAGAGGGUACCAGAUAAUCAAGAGUUUGCCUCCAGCAGAAAUACCCUUUGAAAUACCCUUUGAGAACCUUAAAGGGCACAGAGUGGAUAUGGGACUUCAGAGAUGCUGGAAAGGAAGCUACUUGGCCUCAAAUCAAGAAAACACACGGAAUUCUCACCUGUUUGUGUCUCGCUCAAGUGAGCUCCAGAGAAAGGACAAGUUCAUGCAGGUUCUGUUCUCCUGCCAUGCGAGCAAGGUCAACAGGUUUAACAAGGUACAAGAUCGCGCCAUCUUUAUCACUGACCGACACUUAUAUAAGAUGAAUCCUGGGAAGGAGUAUAAAGUAAUGACCAGCACUCCACUUUAUAAUGUGUCAGGCAUCAGUGUGACCAGUGGGAAGGAUCAGUUGGUCGUGUUCCACAUCAAGGACAACAAAGACCUCAUUGUGUGCCUGGGAUGUUCUGGCCAACGACCUUAUGAGAGCCGGAUAGGGGAGCUGGUUGGAGUCUUGGCACACCAUUUCAAAAGUGAGAGGAGGCCCCUGCAGGUGACAGUAUCGCACCCAAUCCAGUGCAGACAGCAUGGCCGGUCCUGCUCGAUUACGGUGGAAACCAAGAUCAACCAAUCACAGCCUCAGUUCACCAAGAACCGCUCAGGUUUCACACUCAGUGUUCCAGCCAAUUAGCAUUCCUGUAUCUCAGGACCCAACGCUUAGCAGCUCGCCAAAUCCACGCUUUUCCAGGCUUGCUUGAUUGAAUGGCGGGGGACUGGCUCCCCUAUUUCAGCCUUCGAAAGGACUGUGCGCACAUUCCUACCUACCAUACCACUAGGGCUGCCACCUUUUCUGGAAAAUAAUACCAGCCUUCCUAUACAGUAUAUUUAUCUUUAUUCCCUAUUAAUAACAUUGGGAUC